CCUUACCUCACCUCAUCACCACCUCUCAUGCCUUUGAUUAUUUCUCUUUUCAACUUUUCUUUCCAAGAAACCAAACAAGCAAUUUUCUCGGGCGUUUAUCAGAACCAAGUUACUACAAUUCCAAUUCCCCAUCUCUCAAAAUCAAUGAAGAAAUCAGGCCUCUUCGCUGCUUCUGUUGCUGCUGCUUCUGCUACUGCUAUAUCUGCUUCCUCUUCUUCUUCCACCUCAAAUUUUAGCUGUAAUUCUAAUAUGCAGCUUUCUCCUGAGGAAGCUAGCUCAAAGAAACAUCAACAGAAAUCACCUUCCACAGACAAAUUUGCACCAAGGUUUGAUGGGUUGAGGUUUAUUGAAACUCUGGUCACUGCUCACAGAUGAAGUUCUCCUUCUGGCUGCAGAGCUUCGCCAUCACUAAUUUUAACUAUCCAUCCUUUUCUUUUUCUCUUUUAUUUAGAAGAAAAGAAUGAGAAAAACAAAACAAAAAAACAAGAAAAAAAAAAAAAGAGAUGAUGUUGAAGAAAGUCUUGACUUUUAUUUGUGUUUUUAUUUAUUCACCCUUCAGCAGAUAUGUAUAGGAGGAGAAAACUGUAAUAUUUGAGUCAAGUUCUGUGACAACAUAUGUUCACACCAAAUAUAUAUAUAUAUAAAUUUUAUGUUAA